CACGGAUGCCACCCGUCCCCACGUCAUCCGUUUGUUCCCGUUGAUAAUUCCAUUUAUUUAUUCAAUAAUAAACUUGGAUUUAUCUAAAAGUGUACUGUUAUUCCCUCUGCACCGCUCAUCGUCAUCCGCCGUUCGUUCAAGCUCCGUGUCCUCCGCGCGAACACACAUUUCGCCGUUCUCACCCGUUGGGUCUGACUCCCCAGCGACUGCGGGUGUCAACAUUGGUGCAUCGACCUAACCGGCUCGUGAAUCACUAAGUUCCGAGCCGGAAACGGAUCCAGAGUCAGGGAGGCACGUGGCGCGGCUUCCAGCGGUCAGAGAAAACUACUUGCUCGACGGAAAAUGUCUUCAAGACCCCCAUUCGGCAUUGUCAAGCCGUCCAAACCAACAGGCAACCCUUCAAGCGGCUCCUCCGACUUGGAUUCCACCGCUGAGCCUUCACCUCACGAGCGCAGAAUGGAUUCCCAAAGAGCAUCGUCUGGCUCGGACGUCCAUGGCCACCCUUCUCUCGGAUCACAGAGCCAUAACUUAACUUCUGCUCAGUCCGAAGGCCGCAAUGCUCAUAAGGAUCUUCACGAGCGCCAUGUCCAUCCUUCACAAGGAUAUCAACGUCAUGGAUCCAAGGCUCCAGCUCAUGGUCACCCUUCAAGCCAAGGAGCACGAAGGUCCCAACACGAGUUGUCAAACUUCCCGAAACUUCUGGCCAACCUUAUGCAGGAUACAAAAGCCACGGCAUCUGCCAGUUGUGCAUCCAAUCAGGACACGCUACAACCGACUGCUUCCACUAUGUCGGAUGGAGAGCCCGAAGAGGACAAGGUGAAGCUCUGUGGAAACCGCCUGGAAGUCGGAGUCACCGACAAUCUGGCCGGCACUCAGCGCCGCAAGGAACAACAACAGCUGCAAGGCGCUCAAGCCAAGAAGUAGCAGGCCCCACAGCGCGAUGUCAACCUGAGCGAGUUUGCUACAAAUAUAAGCUCUAUCAUGGCUCACCUUCUUCGCGAAGAUAGAGCAGAGUCCAGAAAUAUCAAACUCUUGGGCUACGUCUGGGAUUCUAGCGACAUCAUCUAUACGUUGUCUACAGAUAAUUCCAUCUUGGACAUUGAUCACCAACCCAAGAGAGAAAUAGCCUUCACACACUCUCUCUUAAAUAUAUCAAAAAUCGUAAACAGAAUGAUACCAAUCAGGUGCUCAAUGUUUCCGGGCAAGUCUUGGAAGGACCCCAAUAACCUCAAGAGGCCUUCCAUUGCGAAAGUUCAUAGAACCAAUCACGCGAACGAACUUCGCACCGCUAGGUUCAAAGCAAACGAAAAGUGCUACCUACUCUCCGUAUGCCAGCUUAUCUCACUUAAAAAUCCUACUUUCCAAGGAUUAUCAGACUCUCUCAACUCACCAGGAGACAAAAAAGUGGCCGCAGAAAAGCACACCUGCGAAGAUCGCACACGACGGCCAACAUUCCCGCUCGAUGCGUUCUGCAGUACCCCGAACGAACAAUACGAGACAAUGCUACUCAUCGCAAAAUCACGUACUCUAUCAGCCCGUAUGAACGUCAAGAUGCUCCACUUCCCCCUUGGACUUCUUGCUUUGGAAUUUGACGGCAUCGACUCCGACAUGCCUAAUCCAGACUUCCAUGACAAUGUACUUGGAUACAGAGAUCCUCACACGACGACUCCUGAUUCAUCAUCAGAUCACGCCGCGGCCAACCUUCCACCAGGUAGAACCCGAGACUACAUUCCUCGAAAGGCCAAGGCGCCCUAUAUCAAUUAUGUACACAGUCUGUCAGUCAUGGUCGAGCCUCUGCCCUCCCCCCCGGAGUGUUGUCACUUGGGCUCCGCAGAGCCCGUCCGUCCCAACUUUGCGGAUAUAGGCGCUUGGUCAGGUUCACCCACGAACCCACAAUCACCAUCCGCAUGAGUCGCUCACUCUCUGUUCCAUUCGUUCACUCAGAAACAUUCCAUUCUUUAAUUAAUUAAAUAUUAUUAUUUGAAUUACCGCCAUUUGCGUAUUUCCUAAUGCAAGUGCGCCCCCCCCCCCGCACACUCGCGUUAUUGCGGAGCGUCGUACUCCCGUAAAUCCACACAAAUAUUCAGAUGCCUUUUUAGGCCAACUCAUUCAGUCUUCACACGUUUCACAACGGAUGCCACCCGUCCCCACGUCAUCCGUUUGUUCCCGUUGAUAAUUCCAUUUAUUUAUUCAAUAAUAAACUUGGAUUUAUCUAAAA